AUGGUUUGUACACAACUGAUUCUUUAAGAAAAAGCUUCAUCUGGUCUCGGAGAAUAUCUUUUCAGAUGAACGAAAUGAGCGAGUUGUACAGCUUCUUCACGGGGAUCGAAAGUCUUUCCUUUUUUGUCGACGAAACGGGAAAGUGAGUAGAUUUCGAAAUAUUUUUUUUGUCAUGCCAGGAUUUAAAAAACUUUCAAUUUAUCGAUGUUUUUUCUUAGAAAACUUUUUUUUUGGUCUGAAGAAGGAUCACAGUGGUUGAGGUUAAGCUUUUUCAUUUGCGACUAUCACCUUUGUGAAAAGCGGGGCGUGAGAAAAAUUGAACCCUAAGAAUUUUGCAUGCUUUUUUUAGUUUUUUUCAAAACAUCUUUUUCAUUAAAAAAAUGAUUUAUACAGAAAGCUACGGGAAAUCGGACAAGAAGAGAUGAGAGAAUGUUUGAACAACCCAAUAAACUUCAUUCGCGUGAGUGGCAAUCGUUUUUUUGUUUCGAAAAAAUAAAGAAAAUAGAAGAAAAUCAGGGUUUUUCGAUUCCAGAAGCUGCUGGAGGUGAAGGAGAACUGUGAGAGAAUGUGCGCGACGUCGUUUGCCGGCGAUCGCAAAUUCGUAGCCAGACUCAACGAGGAGUUUGAGGUGCUCGUGAACCGUUGUCGUCAGGUCGCCGAGUACUUUGCUGUCUACCUCGACUUCCUGCUCAAGUCCUCGGUCGGUCAGCACUUGUCGUCCUACAGUUUCUGACAAGGUUUAGGCUGGCGGGAAUCUUCCGCUCGAAGUGAACAGCUGCACCUUUCUGUUUCGCUUCAUUCAUGAAAAAGAUGUUUUUGAAAGGUAACAAGGAACUGUCUAAUAGUUGAUUUUUUUUUUCUUUGUUACAAGUUUCAAUGUCUGAAUCCCCUCCUCUGAAAUGGUAUAAAUUUUGUAUAUAAUUCUGCCGAGUAACACCCCUGCCAGGAAAAUGUUUUAAUUGUAGCAAAGUUAUUGUUCAUAUGUGAAGUUUUUUUUUGAGUUCUAAUUGACUUGCAGUCGUGUUUCAGUAAUCAAAAAGAAAGUUGUACAUUACUCAUAGGCAAAGGCGAAAGGACCCUCCGAGGGUCAUAAAGGCUUCUGUAAGGCUCCAUAGAAAUGUUUUUUCAGGGCGGUGAAGGCUCCCUUUGUGCUGCCUUUUUUCUUCAUUUUCUCAGCCCAUAUGUACCAUUUUUGCUGCCUCUCCCUUUCUCCCUUAUUUCUCGAGCCUUUAAAAUCCGAGAAAAAUGAAAGACUCGAUAAAGGGACUCUCUUUGCUGCCUUUUUGGUGUCUUUCUGCGGCUCUUAAUCACCAUUCCGACUUUGCCCGAGCUAGUUAAUUACUAAAUUACUGGUAUGAAACCCAUAACCAACGUAGCACUGGCAAAAUUUCCAAACUUUCCAUUAUUUCUUUUAUUGAGAAUCUACAAAAAAUCCCUGGCGAAACGCUUACUCUCGGGCACAAGUACCUGCUACGAACUGGAAAAGGCCGUCGUGACAAAGCUGAGAACAGAGUGCGGGUUCCAGUUUACGCAGAAAAUGGAACAUAUGCUUCGAGAUGUGGAAACCUGGCAGAAGAUGAAUGACGAGUACUCGGAGCACUGCAAACUCCACUCUCAGGUUCCCGUGCGCAUUCUUCCAGUUCUUCGAAUUAUUGCAGAUUCGAAACAUCAAGUUCAAUAUCCGGGUCGCCACAGCAGGAGUCUGGCCGCUCUACACAGAUGACUAUGUCUUAUCUCCUCAGCUCUCGCCCAUAUUUCAGGUAAUCUCCGGAUUUGUCAAGGCUAGCGAUAAAUUGAAUUCUUAUGUGAUUGCAGGAAUUCAGCAAUUUUUAUACGAGCAAACACAAGGGACGGAAAUUGACGCUGUGCCGGUCGGCUGGAUAUGCGAGUCUCCUAGCGAAUUUUGAACCUGCAAGUCAUUUCUCUGUUUGUUCUAAUAGCUUCAAGGAAAUAGGAAGUCGGAGAGAGUCGUCAAAAGACCAUCUCCACAAGUACGCUGCAAAUGCUUGUCUUGCUGCAGUUCAAUCUGAAAAACAACUGGACGUUCAAAGAGCUCUUGGUGCGUUUCCGCAGUCUAUAACCAUAAAGGAUCAAGUCCAGGAGUCGACAAAAAUGAGCGUGAAGGACCUUGGCAGAAACCUCGUUGCUCUCACUUGCAAAGGUCAGAACGUGCUCAUCAGCAGUAGCAAAAAAUCGACCGACUUUGGUUCGUGGCGCCCAGCUCAAACUAUCGCUUUCUCCUACUACAGAUGCAAACGACGUCUUCAGCGUGAACGAACAGUUUCAGUCGAGUUCCGACGUCGUCAAGGUGGCUGCCGUUGCCGCUUAUCAUCAAAGUGACAAAGCCGCUGAUACUCGCGAAAAGGUGAGUACAUUCUGGCGUAUGCUUCGUGAUCUCAUUAAGAAAUGAGGGUUUAGAGCAUUUCUUGCCGAGAGCUUUGAGCCAUCGUUUAAUUUUUAUUUUAAGACCGAAAUCGAUAGAAAGUUUGAAGUGGAAGCCUGUAUCGUACGCCUGAUGAAACGCAACCGAAAAAUGAACCACGACGAACUUAUAGCAAAUGUUUGGGUUUUCAACUUUUUCCUCAUUUAACUUAUCAAUCUAGUAGUCCCUAUAGGGUUUUUUGACAUACUUCAAAUGUGUAAAUCAAAAAGACAAACGAUUAAUUCAUUCAUUUUCCAUUCAAAUACCGCUAAUUCAUUGAGUUUUUCGUGGGAAAAUGCUUCUUUUCCGUUUUAAAAAUAAACUAGCAUUUACGCUAUAGGGGCCACUUUUUAUGGUUUCUAUAGGGGAGAUAGAGAGGCUCCUGAAGAGGAACCUCCAGUGAUCUACGUGGAAAAAAUGCAUUUCAUUUUUAGGAACUACAGAGUUCGCCCUCUCUAGGGACCACUUUACAUCCUCCUAUAGAAUCUAUGAAAGCUUGCAAAAGUGGUCCUUACAGCGGAAGGACAUGAUAGUUUUUGUCAUGAUCUGAAAAGAAGCAUUUCCAUGCGAAAAAACUCAAUGAAUUAGCGUUAUUUGAAUGAAAAUAUAGGGGCUGUUUUUUUUCCUAAACCCCUAUAGGUGCCACUCCAGCCUCCAUAAAGUUCUGCUUGUAAUGGAAACGACGAUUUUCUCGAUUCGAUGUGACUCAAUAUUCGAAUUGAAGCAUCCGUGGAGUUAUUAAGACUGAACUACAGGUCCUGGAAGAGAUGAAAGAUCGAUGCGGUGUGAUCGGCACCUCGACGGUGAAGCAGCGGAUCGAGGCGCUCAUCGAACGCGAAUUCAUCGCUCGCGACUCUUCCGAGUUCAAAGUCUACUGCUACGUCGAAUGA